CUGCGCCGCCGCCGGUGCCGUACCUGGGCGGGGAAGCGCACGCCGCGCAGAGGUGAAUCCGCUCCCCCGGCGGCGCACUGUGGGCGGGCGGGCGGAGAGCGGUGCCGCAGCAGCUGCCAUUGGAGGACCCGUGAGAUGGGCAGGGCCCGCCCCGCCACGCCCCCCCGGGGCCGGGCUCCCACCUCCCGGGCUGGCGGAGGUGGGUGGGCCGCACGCACGGACGCCGCAGCACGCCGCCGGGAUGGGGAGAUCGCUGCGGCCCCGGCUGCGGCUGCUCGCCUGCUUCGCGCUGCUCCUGCUGCCACCCGGCGCCGCCGAGUUCACCCCCUCGCUGGACAGCGAUUUCACCUUCACGCUUCCCGCCGGCCGCAAGGAGUGUUUCUAUCAGCCCAUGCGCAAAGAGGCCUCGCUGGAGCUCGAGUACCAGGUUCUUGAUGGAGCAGGAUUAGAUGUUGAUUUUCAUCUACUGUCUCCAAAAGGUGAAACUCUAGUUUUUGAUGAAAGAAAAUCAGAUGGAGUUCAUACGGUUGAAACAGAAGAUGGAGAUUACAUGUUCUGCUUCGAUAACACAUUCAGUACCAUUUCUGAAAAGGUGAUUUUCUUUGAACUGAUACUGGACAAUAUGGGAGAAGAUGGACAAGAUCAGGAAGACUGGAAGAAGUAUGUUACAGGCACAGAUCUCCUAGAUAUGAAAUUGGAAGACAUUCUGGAAUCUAUCAACAGUGUCAAAGCAAGAUUAAGCAAAAGUGUCCAAAUUCAGACACUCCUCAGAGCAUUUGAGGCCCGUGACCGAAAUAUACAAGAAAGCAACUUCGACAGAGUGAAUUUCUGGUCCAUGGUCAACUUGGGAGUUAUGGUGGUGGUAUCAGCUGUUCAAGUUUACAUGUUGAAAAGUCUCUUUGAAGAUAAGAGGAAAAGUAGAACUUAAUAUUCAGUGUGAUCAUAAGAAUGUAACAGGUAUGCAGGGAGAGGGGAAGCAAUAACUAUUACAGUAAACCCCCCAACACAUGACCUUUCAGAUUCUUUUGAACAUCAGAUUUUCAAUUCACGUAGGGUUUUUUGGUUCAGUGGUGGCAGUGGAGGUAUUCUUGCAUAGUUUGUUAUUGGGGGGUGGCUUUGUUUGGGAUUAAGCUUUUGUUUGGUUAGAUUUUUGUUUUUAACACAAACAAGGCCUUGCCCUCAGCACCUCCAUUUUUCCAAGUGCUACUAACACUAUUUCUUUUUGCUUGUAGCAUUUGCUCAUGACAGACAUGCAUAGUGCCCAGAGGAUGCCUGAUGCAUAUGCAAAGUAAUGUUAAUGCUCUUGUGGUUUUUCCCAUGUUCACAUAAAACUUUGUGGUAAUGUAAGCAUCCCUUUAUUUGCUGUUAAACAGUGAAUUUACAUAUGUGCCUAAGUGUUUACAAGAUUAGGGGCCAUAAGGGUAGUCUGUAGUUAUUGUCAUUUGUCUUUAAUGUUACAUGGGUUUAACAAUCUUCAGCUUUUGCUGUAUGGGUUAACAUCAUGAGAACUCCUUAUUUAGAGGCAGCAAAUACCAGCACUUCAGAGAACCAGUCAGUGUUAAAAUUAAUGGGAGAAAAUAUGUACAGUUCCUGUUUAUAAAACUGACCUGCUGUUGUAGAACUUAUUUUUUGUCUAUUACAUCAGACAAAAGACAAAUGGCUAACAUAUACAACCAAAUGCAUACACACCUUGAAGUAUGGUUUAUAAAUUCUUAGUUAUCAGAACCUUAUGUAAUAGAUUUCCCAGAAGUAAUUUAUCAUAUUACUCUUUCCCUUAAAUACAGAGGAGUAUGUAACUGUGCGAAAACAAUUACCUUAAGAUAGAGAAGGAUUUUGUAACUUCAAUUUGCCAAUCUUUUUUAUUAGUUUACCUAUUGAAGCUGUGACUAUGGUAGCACUUAGUAGAGGGACUUACCUAAGCAUGAAAAAAACCCAAAGCUGUUCACCUAACCUUUCUGUUUUUCUCACUCCCACAGGCCUUUUAGCUAAGUACACUCAGUGCACAUGAGCAGUGUUUCUGUAUCUGGCUACUUGAGCACAGCAUAAAUUACAGGCUUCAAAUGCUAGGAUCAACUGAAGACACAUAUCACUUUAGGCAAAACUAUCCUCAAAUCAAUAACCUGUAAUUUCUAAAUGAAGUGGCUUUUUAGCAGUUCAGUGAAGGCAUGCAGAAUGUUUGCCACAACUCGUAAUGAGUGAGAAUGAACUUUUUGUGAUGGUUGGAAGUUAGUUAUUUUUACAAUGUGCCAAGUCACUGAAGUUUCCCAAGUGUGUUAAACUGCAUUUCAUCCCAGAAGUGUUUUUAGGAAACACUUUCUAAAAAAACCUUUUAAAAUAUAUUUGAAAAACACAACAUCUCUAUUAAUUGUUCUGCCUGUUGCUGGGUCAUCUGAACAGGAGAAUGACAACUUCAGGACUGAUUAAAAAUUAUUUUAAUGGAGAUUAAACAGGGUCAAUAGAUACAUGAAGAAACUUUGUUCAAAUGAAGUCAAUGAGAGGAAGGGCUACAGUACACCAGAAAGAGCACUUCAACUUCUGAAAAUGGGACCUAGCAAUAACAUUUCUAAAUGUUUUUUAUAAGCAAAAGUGUUAUUCCUUACAGAACUUGCUAUAAAGGGCUCCAAAUGCUGUUGAGCUGCAUUUUCUUUCUGUGCAAAUAUAUCCAAAUUAAGAUUGCUUCCAUUUAGAGGUCUAUCUUUUUUUCCACAUGACACUUUCUAUUCUGAACUGCUGGAAUUAUAAAGCUUAUUUCUAUGAAUAGAACAAAAUCUAGAAAGAGUUCCUUCCACUAGCAUAACAAAUAGUACUUUUCUGCCAUUUCCCUGUACAUUUUCUAGUACCAAUCAUGCCAUGCAUCUGCAUCAGGGCAUAAGCCAAAGCUUGCUGAAGUCAGCUUCCAAUGUUUUGAACUGGUCCCUUCAGGACAGGACUCUAUUCCUCUUAUUAGAAGACCUGUAUUGCUUACAUCACCACAAGUGUAAUGCUACAACCCAUCUGCAAAAUGCUAAACCAGCUCCAUGAAGCUGUGACUAGGACAUCUACCUCCUGUAUCAAAACUACUAGAUUGUAGAUUUUAGCUUAGACCACCCCCAAAUGAGCUCUGAAAAGUUUUUCAAAGGCACCUUAAGGGAUGACAUUCCCCAUCUGCUCUGCCUUACUGACAGUGGUUAUAUAUCCAGUGGUGAACAGUAUGGUAUAAUAGCUAAAAGCUGCUAGUGAAUGCAGACUCCUGUGAUCAAACACACAACACUGAACUGCAAGUUUCUCAUAGUACAAGUAACAGUUCCUGGUAAAAGAGAAACAUUGCCAGCAAAAUUUGUCUAAGAAAUUAUUACUUUAACUAGGAGCUCUGACUAUUUCUCCCCAUUCAUAAAGGUAACUGCUUUGACCUUGGCAGCUGCAGUAUAUAUUUAUCAUACGUGAAGGAUUUGGCAUCUAAACUUGCAGCUCAAUAAAGUCUUGGUUGGUUUUUGAAAAGUAGAUUACUUUUGAUUGUGUACAAUUUACAAUGAGAUUAUAAAUCAAGUUUCCUAAUUGACUUUUUUAUUCAGAGCUAAAUGUUUUAAGACUUGCAGAUGUUGAAUGAAGUUAUGCAUAACUGAGAUUUUCAAUAAAUGAUGUUUAAACCUA